UCUGAAUCCCUUACCAAUUUGCGGUAGCGUUGACCCUUCAAUUGGCUGUUUCCCCAUGGACCCUCGAAGAAGUUUGCACAUGGUUUCAAGCCUCCGCCGGAACCGGAGGUCUCGCUCCAAUCAUGUCGAGGUAGCAGUUGACAGCCCCUGAGAUGGUCCAACAAUUGGGCCACCACGGUGUGCUGCCCAAGAACGCCUCAUGCGCUAUGCCAGAGAUGGCGGGAGGAGCCAAGGAAUGAGGGCCGACGAGUGGGCCUGUGGUCUACGAAGAAAUUAGCAAAAGACCCAGCAAGCACGGAACCUGCCUGGCUCGGCAAGGCCCCUUUCCUCCGCACCCGAUGUCGCUGCAGCAUGGCGCGGCAUUUGUCGUUGUAGUAGAUCCGGCCCAGCCUCCACGAUGCGUCUUUCUCUUCUUCGGCCGCUCGUGACUCUUCUUCCGUCAGGCGCACCACCAGAGCCAGACGCGAAGCAGCUCCUACCUCCUGCAGGCCACAACACCUGAACCCGGAGGGUGUGUAACCCCACGCUCUGCGGCUGAAGGCUGGAUUUGACGCCAUGGCUACCGAUCGGGAAGCACACAACGGCAACGUCGCUGCUGCUGAGGGGGGACAGGCUGUGGUUCCCUCGGAUUCGAACGGCAAAGCCGUAGUUGCUCAAGAUGAACCCCCGAUAACGGCCACCGGCCAGGCCUUUACCUUCCUCCACCUCCUCUUCCGCAGCAACCCGACAUGGCUCGACAUUGUCCUGCUAGUGGUCGGCACCUUCUCCGCCAUCGCGGCGGGCGUCCCCUUUCCCCUCGUCGGUGUCAUCCUCGGAGACAUGAUGGACCACCUCAACGAUUCGACCUGCGCCGCACGCGAUGGCGGAAACGCCUUCGCCAUCGAGCCCCUGGUGAAUGCAGCGGUGAUCCGCCUCGUUAUCAUUGCCGCGGCACAGUUUGUCCUAAUCUACAUCUACGCCGUCUGCUGGCGGCUGCAGAGCGGGCGUCUCACCCACCGCCUGCGCGACGCCUACUUUCGCUCCGUUCUUGCCCGCGAGCCCGCCUUCUUCGACAACCGCAGCGCCGGCGAGGUGUCGUCGCGCCUCAGCGCCGACUGCGCCGCCAUCCAGGCGGGCACGUCCGAGAAGGUUGGCACCGUGGUCGGCCAGAUAUCCUUCUUUGUGACCGCCUUCAUAGUCUCCUUUGUCCGGCUGCCUGUCCUUGCUGGCAUCAUGAGCUCGGUCCUGCCGGUAUUUCUGAUCACAUCCUGGCUCAGCGGAGGCUAUCUGGCCAAAUUCUCCGGGCUGGUGUCGGACGCAUCUGCCACGGCUGCCUCCAUCGCCUCCGAAGCGCUCAACAACGUCUCGGUUGUGCAGGCAUUUGGAGCCGGCCCAAGGCUGGAGGCCAAGUUUGCAGCUCAUAUGGCAUCUUCACGCGGUGCCGGUAUCAAAAAGGCAAUCACCGCAUCUUUCCAGGCUGGCUCCAUCUACUUCAUCAGCUACUGUGCCAACUCCCUGGCGUAUUGGCAAGGAAGUCGUAUGAUAGCCAGCUCAGCAAACAGUGGCGGUGGCACUAGCGUCGGUCAAGUUUUUACGGUUGUUUUUCUGGUCGUAGACGCCUGCAUCAUCCUUGGCGGUAUCGCCCCCAUGAUGCCCAUUUUCGCAGGCGCCUCCUCAGCCUACCUGCGCCUCAGGAAAGACAUGAACCAGCCGAGUUCCAUCGACGGUACCUCGGAUUCCGGUCACAAACUGUCCUAUGAUACCCCAGGAGCUGUCGAGUUUCGCGAGGUCUCCUUUUCGUACCCUUCAAGACCUGGUCAACUCGCCCUGAAGAAUGUGGACCUUCAGUUCCCGGCCGGGAAGCACACUGCGAUUGUUGGGCUAUCCGGUAGUGGUAAAUCCACCGUCGCUGCCCUGAUUGGACGCCUAUACGAUCCUCUCAGUGGCACCAUCACUCUUGAUGGCCAUCAUGUCCGCAGCCUCAACGUCGGAAAUUUGAGGAGCUUCAUCAGUCUUGUACAGCAGGAGGCGCCGCUGUUCGACCGUUCUGUACUCGAGAAUAUUGCGUUGGGACUUGUCAAUUCGCCCUUGCCCAGUCAUGAAAAGUUCAAAGUCAUCCUCAACGGGCCUUUCCUCUCUCAGCUUGUCGCGAAUGGCGACAAGAACGUCCUGGAGCUCGCCCGCGCGCGCGACCCGACCCUGGCCGAGCUGGUGGAGCUUGUUCAAUCCGCAGCAGAACUAGCCGACGCGUCCAACUUCAUCGACCGCUUCGACAACGGGUACAGCACCCAGGUCGGCGUGGGUGGUAAGCUGGUCAGCGGAGGGCAGCGUCAGCGGAUCGCGCUCGCAUGCGCUCUAAUCCGCGACCCGCGCGUCCUAGUGCUAGACGAGGCCACGGCCGCACUCGACUCUGCAAGCGAAAGGCGCAUCCAGGCAGCGGUCGAUCGCGUGGCUGCCGCGGGCGGCCGGACCGUCAUCUCAAUCGCGCACCGGCUGUCCACGAUUCGCAACGCUGAUUGCAUUGUGGUGAUGCGUGACGGAGAGGCCGUCGAGCGUGGACCAUAUGCGGAGCUGCUCGCUGCCGGCGGGGCGUUCGCCGCCAUGGUUAACCUGCAAGGAGUGAGCUCUGGCGACGACCGUGACAGUACGAUUUCCCGCGCGAGCACCUGCGCCAACGAGGGUGAAGCGCCUGACGCGGAUGUAAAGGCGUCUGGCCCUGCUAUUUCUAUUGAUGAAGAAAGCCCCGCACCAAAGUCUGGGAACCAAGGAGAAAAGAAGGAGGCGGAUGAGCCGACUGACCUAGACGCGAUAACGCCCUCGUCCGCCGUGGGUAAGGGGGUAGGAUGGCUGAUCCGUCCCAGCCUUGGGUGGCUUGUUCUGGGCGCCGUCUGCGCCGCCAUUGUCGGGUGCUCCUUCAGUGCCUCAGGUAUUCUUGUCGGGAACACACUCGCCUUGCUGAGUCCCUGCGUUUCCUCACCCGAGGGCGUCCUCCAAGUAGGUCGUCUCUUUGGAGGAUUGCUUUUCAUGAUGGCCUGGAUCGAACUUGUGGCCAAUGUCGGCAGCUGGAGCUCCUUUGGUGUCCUCUCCGAGAACAUCCUUUACAAGACCCGCGUCCUCGCCCUCCGCGCCUUGAUGAGCCAGACGGUUGAGUGGCAUCAGUCAGACGGCCGCAACCCAGCGACGUUGCUGUCAAUCAUCACCAAGGACGGCGCGGCGCUGCAGGGUUUCAGUGGCUCCAUCAUCGGAACGCUGCUGUCUAUUUUGGUCAACUUCCUGUUUGCCAUCAUCCUUUCCCACAUUCUCGCCUGGAAGAUUGCCCUUGUUUGCCUCGCUGCCGUCCCAAUCCUGUUGGGUGCAGGAAUCAUGCAGUUCCACGCCAUUGCGCGCUUCGACGAAAAGCACGAGAAAGCGUUUGCGCGGGCGGUCGGCAUCACUGUCGAGGCGGUCAACUCGAUGAAGACGGUCGCCUGCCUGUCGCUGGAGCAGGAGCUGAUAAGCAGCUACCGCCGCACUCUCAAGGCACCCCGGAGGGACAUCCUAGUCGCGAGCAUGUACACCAACAUUUGGAUGUCGGUUGCUCAAAGCACAGGCUUCUUCGUCAACGGGCUGGUUUAUUGGUGGGGUUCCCAGCUCAUCAUGCGCGGAGAAUACACGCAAAGCCAGUUCUUCACUGUCAACAUCGCGCUUCUCGUGAGCGCGAAUCUGUGGGGUCACACUUUUGCGCUAGCCCCUGAGAUUUCACGGGCUAAAACAUCAGCUUCACGUAUUCUCGGCAUCAUCGAGCUCAACCCGGACCGCGAGCUGUCUCCGCCGCCGAGCGCACGUGGUCCUGGCCCUGCCAGCGAAAAGCAAAAGCAGCCAGAUGUUGAGGCAGCGAGCAAUACCCCGACCUCGCCUUCGUCUCCGCUACUCCUUCCCGAUGGCGAAAGUCGCGGCGUUUCCAUCGCCUUCCGCGACGUCUGUUUCGCUUACCCUGCCAGACAGCACGUCCCGAUCCUGAACGAGAUGACCUUCACCGUCGCCCCAGGCCAAUUCAUCGGGCUCGUCGGGCCCUCGGGCGCAGGCAAGUCAACAAUCCUGGCCCUGAUGCAGCGCCUCUACGCCCCGACGUCCGGCACCAUCUCCAUUGAUGGCGUCGACCUGUCCUCCCCGGGCGGCGCGGCCGCCUUCCGCGACGACGUCGCCGUCGUGCCGCAGGACAACGCCCUCUUCGACGGCACGGUCCGCUUCAACGUCGGCCUCGGCGCGCGGCCGGGCCACGACGCCAGCGACGCCGAGAUCGAGGCGGCGUGCCGGCUCGCCAACCUUCACGACACCAUCACGAACACGCUGCCCGACGGCUACGACACCGAGUGCGGGCCCAACGGGUCCCGGCUGAGCGGCGGGCAGCGGCAGCGGCUGGCCAUCGCGCGCGCGCUCGUGCGCCGGCCCCGCCUCCUGCUGCUGGACGAGAGCACGAGCGCGCUCGACGCCGAGAGCGAGGCGGCGCUGCAGGAGGGGCUGGAGCGCGUGGCGAGGGGCAUCACCGUCGUGGCCAUCACGCACCGCCUGCACACGGUCCAGAAGGCCGACGUCAUCCUGGUCGUGCAGGGCGGCAGGGUCGCCGAGCGCGGCACCCACAGGGAGCUGAUGGAGCGCAGCGAGAGCUACCGCGUCAACGCCAUGCAGCAGAUGCUGAGAUAGGGGCCGUUGCCCGGCUGAUACUCGCAGUAGUUGACUUGCCAAUAGUAGGGAAGGGGAGCAGGCAUUCACUUUAGUGCUGUAUUUAAAGGACUUCAAGCACGCCGACUUUCCUUGAUUGCCUUCCAAAGCGGCUGUAAGCGGCCCUUUGCUUGGUAUCGUCAAGGAAAAUACGAAUGAUCCGAGUUUUGAGUCACAUUUACCCAUUUUCAACCUAGUAUUUCUAAUACAUGGGCCAUCCUUGUCCGUUUUGACGUAGGAGCCUUCCAUGUUUACCGCGAGGCCCGGGUGUGGCAUGACAUUUUGUCAAAUAUCAGCGGCUUUGGGCAGUCGGCCAGAACACGCGAUGGUAAACCGGAUGCAAGCUGAGAGUUCAGCAAUGUAUGAGCUGCAGAGCCUCCCCUGCGCUUGUUCAACGUGGAUAUUUGCCGAUCAUAUCCCGAACAAGCCGCCAAGCAAUUCAUACAGCACCGCAGCACGCUUUAUUGCCCCAGGAAGUCGGGGCUGCUUUCCAUCCUUGCCGAGAUGCUCGGUGAUCGGAUUCAGAAGACAGGCUACGCCUUCCUGCAAGUCGUCGGGGCUGUUGGGGUCCGGCUGCAUCUCCAUGCAGACAUUUGGAGCCUUUUUAGAAGGGCGGCUGGUGGUAUUGCUAUCGAUCCGAAUGAUAUAUUGAUGUGGCCAAGGCAAACCCCGCUUCCACAGGGCAAUGUAACCACACCCUCGUCUUUGGAUCUUGCGUAUAAUAGUGGUAGCUACCCUUUGUGACCAAGCAAAAAUGCCCUCCGCUUACAUACAGCUCAGCCGCAGUGACACCCCCGAAUAUGCAGCCAAGGUGUAUCGGGAACCUUAUCGGAGUCGCGCCGUUACCGCACAGGGCACUUCUUGGAGCCAACCGCACAGCAGGGAGAAGAUGUAUAUAUUAACAGAGACGGGUAUGCAGCCGCAAUAUCGUUCCCUAGUGCUUACUUUAUUGGAAUCUUGGCGACCUGCGCCUGGGAAGUCCAGGCUGGACAUACCUUAUUUUUUUAACAGGCAUCGUAGGAGUGAUAGGAUGGCGCAGUACCCUGACAGCUUCCAUAGCCUAUCUACUGCUUACACCCUUUGUUUAACGUCGGUUUCGUGGUCACUAGACAAGUAUACACAGCCAAC